UUCCGCAAAUUUUUUUUUUUUUUUUUUUAAAAAAAUUUUUGGUGAACCAACUAAUCAUCAACUCACAUUUACCCAAUUCUAUUAAUCUUUUUCUUGUUCUGGAAUCCCCGAGCCUAAAUGGCCGUUCGUGAACGGCGAUCAUUAACUUUCUCACUCACCCUUUUUCAAUUGUGAAAAUAGCUAAGAAGAAGACGCACUAGUAGAAGAAGAGGGGGAGGAUCAUUUCCUAGUUCGCCAUCAUGUUCGAGGCACAUGUUUUGCAUUUGCUCCGACGAUAUUUGGGUGAAUAUGUUCAUGGUCUCUCUGCAGAGGCCUUAAGGAUUAGUGUUUGGCAAGGUGAUGUGGUUCUGAAAGAUCUGAAAUUAAAGGCAGAGGCUCUAAACUCGCUCAAGCUUCCUGUCACGGUGAAGGCUGGUUUUGUUGGUACAAUAACUUUAAAGGUUCCUUGGAAAAGUCUUGGAAAGGAGCCAGUAAUUGUGCUUAUUGAUAGAGUAUUUCUCCUAGCUCAUCCAGCGGCUGAUUCAAGGUCUCUUAAGGAAGAGGAUCGUGAAAAGCUUUUCCAGGCCAAACUUCAACAAAUUGAGGAAGCAGAAUCGGCCACCCUUGAAGCAUUAUCAAGAUCAAAGCCUGGAAGCCCAUCACCUGGUAAUUCUUGGCUGGGAUCAUUGAUUGCUACUAUAAUUGGAAAUCUCAAAAUUUCCAUUAGCAAUGUUCAUGUCCGCUAUGAAGAUUGGAUCAGCAAUCCGGGACAUCCCUUUUCAUGUGGUGUUACUCUUGCAAAACUUGCUGCUGUUACCAUGGAUGAGCAAGGGAAUGAAACCUUUGAUACAAGUGGGGCUUUGGAUAAGUUACGGAAGUCAUUGCAACUUGAAAGGCUUUCUGUGUAUCAUGAUUCCAACCGUGAUCCUUGGAAGUUGGAUAAGAAGUGGGAGGAUCUUAGUCCCAAAGAGUGGGUUGAGAUCUUUGAAGAUGGUAUCAAUGAGCUUCCAAAUGGCAAUUCUUUGGUGUCUGCAUGGUCACAAGAUCGCAACUUCUUAGUGUCUCCCAUCAAUGGUGUGCUGAAGUAUCACCGUCUUGGGAAUCAAGAAAGAAAUGAUCCAAAUAUUCCGUUUGAGAAGGCUUCUCUUAUUGUCCCUGAUGUCUCCUUGGCGAUUACAGAGGCUCAAUAUCAUGACUGGAUAAGACUUAUGGAGGUGAUUUCAAGAUAUAAGACAUAUGUUGACAUCUCUCAUUUAAGACCAAUGGUUCCAGUUUCAGACAAUGCAACAUUAUGGUGGCGAUAUGCUGCUCAGGCUGGAUUACAGCAGAAGAAGAUGUGUUACCGACUUUCAUGGGGCCAGAUUAAGUGCCUGUGCAAUCUUCGUCGACGUUAUGUGCUGUUAUAUGCUACUUCAUUACAACGGUCUUCAAAUAUUGACAACUCUGCUAUCAGAAAUAUCGAGAAAGAUCUAGAUCCCAAAGUUAUCCUUUUGUGGAGGUUACUUGCCCAUGCUAAGGUUGAAUCUGUAAAAUCCAAGGAAGCAGCAGAACAGAAGAUGCUUAGGAAGAGAAGCUGGUUUUCCUUUCGAUGGCGAACUCCUCCCGAAGAUGUCUCAGCAGACAAUACUUCUGAGGGAUCACAGAUAGUGGAGGAAAGAUUGACUAAAGAAGAAUGGCAGGCAAUCAAUAACCUAUUGAGCUUCCAAUCAGAUGAGGAUUUGACCUUACAUCCAGCAAAAGAAAUGCAAAAUAUGAUCAGAUACUUGGUCGAUGUAUCUAUAACUAGAGCUGCUGCUAGGAUCAUCAAUAUCGAUGAUACUGAGAUUGCUUGUGGUAGAUUCGAGAAUCUUCAUGUGUCGACCAAAUUCAAGCAUCGAAGCACACACUGUGAUGUGACAUUGAAGUUCUAUGGAUUGUCUGCUCCUGAAGGCUCUCUUGCCCAGAGUGUUUGCAGCGAGCAGAAGGUGAAUGCAUUAGCUGGUAGUUUUGUUUAUUCACCAACGGGGGAAAAUCUAGACUGGAGGCUUUCGGCAACAAUUUCUCCCUGCCAUGUCACGGUUUUCAUGGAAAGUUACAAUCGCUUUCUGGACUUUCUGAAGAGAAGUAAUGCUGUUAGCCCUGCUGUUGCACUGGAAACUGCAACUGCAUUGCAGCAUAAGAUUGAGAAAGUGACUCGUAGAGCUCAAGAGCAAUUUCAAAUGGUGUUAGAAGAGCAAAGCAGAUUUGCUCUUGAUAUUGAUCUUGAUGCUCCAAAAGUACGAAUUCCCAUUAGAACUGCUGCUUCUUCUCAAUGCGAUUGCCAUCUUCUUUUUGAUUUUGGUCAUUUUACACUGCGCACCAAGGAUGAUGAUCAGUUCAAUGAUCAGGGCCAAAGUCUAUAUUCUCGUUUUUUCAUUUCCGGCAGGGACAUUGCUGCUUUCUUUUCAGAUUGUGGUUUGGAUAGUCAAAGUUGCAGUUUGGCAUGUCAGCCUUCAAUUUCUCCUAGUUUGCAAGAUGUAGAUAGCAUAUAUUCUUUAGUUGAUAGGUGUGGAAUGGCUAUUAUUAUUGAUCAGAUUAAAGCACCGCAUCCAAGCCAUCCGUCAACCCGUGUUUCCAUUCAAAUGCCAAGCCUUGGCAUCCAUUUUUCACCUGCCAGAUAUUGCUGGCUUAUGGAAUUGGUAAAUAUAUUUUAUGGAACAAUGGAAACCUCCGAGCAACUUGUGACUGAUAGUUUGCAGACUGAGUUUGCCCCCUGGAAUCCUCCAGAUCUUGCAACAGAUACUCGAAUACUUGUUUGGAGGGGGAUUGGCUAUUCUGUUGCAGCAUGGGAACCUUGUUUUAUUGUGUUAUCUGGCUUUUAUCUUUACAUUCUGGAGUCUGAAACAUCCCACAGUUACCAGCGCUGCUUGAGCAUGGCUGGUAAACAAGUAUUUGAAGUUCCUCCUGCCAAUGUUGGUGGUUCACUUUGCUGUCUUGCUGUUUGUGUCAGAGGUGUUGACGCUAAAAAGGCUCUGGAGUCUUUUAGCAGUUUGAUUAUUGAGUUUCGAGAUGAGGAGGAGAAGGCAGCUUGGAUGAGAGGACUUGUGCAGGCUACAUAUCGAGCUUCUGCUCCUUCAUCUGUAGAUGUAUUUGGAGAAUUAAGUAAUGAUGCAUCAGAGCUUGCUGAAUCUCAUGCCAUUCAUGUGAAGUCAGUUGACCUUGUUGUUAACGGGACAUUGGUAGAAACAAAAUUAUCGUUAUACGGCAAGUCCGAAGAUGAGAUGAACAGGAGACCUGAGGAGAGUAUAAUUCUUCAGGUUCUUGCUGGUGGGGGAAAGGUGUGUGUAUCACGUUGCAUAGGUGACCUAUCUGUUAAGAUGAAACUGCACUCAUUGAAAAUUAAGGAUGAACACCAGGGCUCCUCCUCUUCUGGUCCACGGUAUCUAGCCCGCUCUUUUGUUGGGGAUCGAGAUUCAGGCCACAACCUUGAUUUGUUGGAAUCUGAUAGGAGAGAGCAGUUGAUGAUGGAAGAGGAUGAUAACUUCAAAGAUGCUUUGCCAGAAUUCAUGCUCUUGCCUGAUUCUCCUGAAACAUAUAUUGAUGAGAAAGACAAGUUGAAGGGAAAAAGUGUUGCCAGUGAUGUUUUCUAUGAGGCAGAGGGUGCUGAUGACACUGACUUUGUUUCUGUUAUAUACUUGACACGAAGUCCUGCUUCUCCUAAUUAUGAUGGUAUUGAUACACAGAUGAGUAUUAGGAUGUCCAAGUUGGAAUUUUAUUGCAACAGACCUACUCUUGUUGCUUUGAUCAAUUUUGGCUUUCAAAUUAGUUCAGCAAAUAGUGGGGCAAAUGGUUCAAAGGCGGUAAAUGUUUCAGAUGAUGAAUCUUCGGUGAAGAAAGAGAAGACCGAAGAAUAUGGGAAUUCAUUUGUUACAGGGUUGCUGGGCUAUGGGAAAGGUCGGGUUGUGUUUUAUAUGAAUAUGAAUGUUGACAGUGUGACUGUAUUUCUCAACAAUGAGGAUGGCUCUCAGCUCGCUAUGUUUGUGCAAGAAAGUUUCUUGUUGGAUAUCAAGGUUCAUCCAAGCUCUACUAGUGUAGAAGGAUCACUAGGAAACCUUAGGCUGCGUGAUCUCUCACUUGGAUCAAAUAACUUUUGGGGGUGGCUCUGUGAUAUACGAAAUCAGGGUACUGAAUCCCUUGUGCAGUUCAAGUUUAGUUCUUACAGUACUGAAGAUGAUGAUUAUGAAGGAUAUGACUACAGCUUGCAUGGCCGACUUUCUGCAGUUCGAAUUGUUUUCCUCUAUAGAUUUGUUCAGGAGAUAACUGCUUACUUUAUGGAGCUCGCCACUCCACAUACUGAGGAAGCAAUCAAACUUGUUGAUAAAGUUGGAGGUAUUGAAUGGUUGAUUCAGAAGUAUGAGAUUGAUGGUGCUUCUGCCAUUAAGCUGGAUCUCUCGCUAGACACUCCAAUCAUAAUAGUCCCAAGAAAUUCGACAAGCACAGACUUCAUGCAACUUGAUCUAGGCCAUUUACGAGUCAAAAACGAAUUUAGUUGGCAUGGUUGCCCCGAGAAAGAUCCUUCAGCUGUUCAUCUGGACAUUCUUGAUGCUGAGAUUGUAGGAAUCAACAUGGCAAUUGGAGUUGAUGGUUCUAUUGGCCUACCAAUGAUACGGGAGGGCAAUGAUAUUCAUGUUUAUGUACGGAGAAGUUUGAGAGAUGUUUUUAGGAAAGUCCCAACAUUUGCUUUGGAAGUGAAGGUUGGUUCAUUGCAUGCCGUGAUGUCUCAUAAAGAAUAUAAUGUUAUUCUUGAUUGCUUCUAUAUGAACUUAAAUGAACAACCAAGACUUCCUCCUAGCUUUCGAGGCCACAAGUCUGCUUCAAAAGAUACAAUAAGAUUGCUGGCAGAUAAGGUCAACAUGAAUGGUCAAGUAAUUUUGUCACGAACAGUUACGAUAAUUGCUGUAAAAGUCGACUAUGCGCUAAUGGAGGUUUACCACGGACUUCUUGAGGAAUUACCUCUGGCUCAUGUUGCUCUUGAAGGUCUUUGGGUAUCAUACCGAAUGACUUCAUUGUCCGAAGCAGACCUUUAUAUUACCAUUCCCAAGUUUUCGAUAAUAGAUAAUCGCCCGAGUACGAAACCUGAAAUGCGCCUGAUGCUUGGUUCUUGUACUGAUGUUAUGAAGCAGAUGUCAUCUGAAUCUACAGCUGAUGUACCCACCUCAACAAUGUUUGUGAUGGAUUGUCGAUGGCGGUUAUCAUCCCAAUCAUUUGUUGUUCGGGUGCAACAGCCUCGUAUUCUAGUUGUUUUAGAUUUCCUUCUUGCUGUUUGUGAGUUUUUUGUGCCAUCUUUGGGAACGCUUACUGGCAGGGAGGAGAUGAUGGACCCCAAGAAUGAUCCAGUUAUUAAAAGCAAAAGCAUAAUCCUACUGACUCCGCUUUACAAACAGAUAGAUGACAUGGUGAUUUUAUCCCCAAACAGACAGUUAGUAGCUGAUGCUGUUGGUGUUACUGAAUAUGUAUAUGAUGGUUGUGGAAAGACUAUCUGUCUCUCCGAUGACAAAGAUAACAAAGAGUUUCAGUCAUCAGGAAAUUGGCCCAUAAUUGUAAUCGGACGCGGCAAGAGGUUGAGAUUUAUGAAUGUGAAAAUCGAGAAUGGUUCACUCUUGACCAAGCACACGUACUUGAGUAAUGAAAGCAGCUAUACAGUGUUCCAAGAGGAUGGUGUGGAAGUUAUAUUUCUGGAGAGUAAGUCUUCUAAUGGCAGAAAACAUCCAGAUCACAGGGAAGAGUUGUGUUAUACUUCUGAUGCCUCUGACUCUUUUCAAACUGAAUCAUGCAAGUUGCAAAGUUUUGACUGGAUCUCUGGUUUGAUAUAUACAUCUACAAGGCGGACAGGAACACUUAUUAGUAUUGUUACUGGAUUAGCUCUUCUUUUUGCAGCUAGACAUUUAGCUUAUGUAUUGUUGCUUGUGUUUCAAUACUUCACUCAAUUUGCUUCUUGCUUUCCCCAGGUUGUUUCCCCUGAAUUGACCUUUUAUGACGGUAGCAGCUCAUCCGUUGAUGAUUCUACACGUGGUGAAAAGCUUCUUCGUGCAAAAAUGGAUAUUAGCUUCAUGUAUGCAUCAAAGGAGAGUGACACAUGGAUUAGGGGGCUUCUGAAGGAUCUUAGUCUAGAGGCUGGUUCGGGACUUAUCAUACUUGAUCCAGUUGAUAUUUCUGGUGGAUAUACAUCUGUCAAGGAUAAGAUGAAUAUUUCUGUAACAUCCACUGAUAUAUGUGUUCAUCUCUCGUUAAGCGUGCUGUCCCUUUUACUGAACCUACAAGGUCAGGCAACUGCAGCAUUACAAUUUGGAAAUGCAGAUCCCCUGUCUCCUUGUACCAACUUUGAUCGAAUUUGGGUGUCUCCAAAAGAAAUUGGGCGUCAUAACCACCUCACCUUUUGGAGGCCUCGAGCUCCUUCAAACUAUGUUAUAUUGGGAGAUUGUGUUACAUCAAGGCCAAGUCCUCCUUCACAGACUGUUGUGGCUGUUAGUAGCAUGUAUGGGCGUGUUCGAAAACCUCUUGAUUUCAAGCUUAUGGGCACCUUUUCUGGUAUUCAAGGAUCAGCGGGUUUAGAAGGUCAUGCAAAUGAUCAUUAUGAUUGUUCUCUUUGGCUACCAAUUGCUCCACCAGGAUAUUUGGCUCUAGGGUGCAUUGCCCAUGGAGGAAAGCAGCCACCACCUACUCAUAUUGUUCAUUGCCUGCGAUCUGAUCUUGUAACGUCGACUAUGUAUUCAGAAUGCAUAUACAGUGCAGCCUCUUGUGGUUCCUAUACAUCUGGUUUUUGCAUUUGGCGUUUGGAUAAUGCUUUUGGGUCAUUUUAUGCGCAUCCAUUCACCUGCAAUCCUCCUUUGAACAAUUGUUUUGAUCUUAAUCAUCUACUUCGUGGGUUCUCUUGUCAUCAUUCUUCUUCCUCUAGUCAAGUUGCAUCGGAGUUCGGUGCUAAGCAUGAGGAUACACGUGAGCUUGUAACUACUCAGGGUACAACUUCAUCUGGAUGGGAUAUUCUCAGAUCCAUAUCAAAAGCAACAACUUGUUACAUGUCAACCCCCCACUUCAAGAGAAUCUGGUGGGAUAGAGGUAGUGAUCUUCGCCGACCGGUCUCUAUAUGGCGGCCUAUGCCACGUCCUGGUUAUGCUAUAUUGGGUGACUGCAUUACUGAAGGCUUGGAACCACCUCCCUUAGGCAUCAUAUUUAAGGCUGACAAUCCUGAGAUUUCCUCAAAGCCUGUACAAUUCACCAAGGUUGCUCAUAUUGGAAUGAAAGGUCUUGAUGAAGUGUUCUUCUGGUACCCAAUUGCUCCUCCUGGUUAUGCUUCUUUGGGUUGCAUUGUAACUCAAAAUGAUGAAGCCCCAAAUUUACAAUUGUUUUGCUGCCCGAGGUUGGAUCUUGUUAGCCAAACCAAUGUACUUGAGAUGCCAAUAACAAAAUAUUCGAGCUCAAAGGCAUCCCAGUGCUGGAGCAUUUGGAAAGUUGAAAAUCAGGCAUGCACUUUCCUUGCCCGCUCUGAUCUGAAAAAACCAUCAAGUCGAUUGGCAUUUGCCAUUGGGGAUGCCGUGAAGCCAAAGGCAAGGGAGAACAUAACAGCUGAGAUGAAAAUAAGAUACUUCUCUCUGACAGUUCUGGAUAGCUUAUGUGGAAUGAUGACCCCACUUUUUGAUGCAACAAUCACUAAUCUCAAGCUUGCAACACAUGGGCGGUUAGAAGCGAUGAAUGCUGUCCUGAUUGCUUCAAUAGCGGCUUCAACUUUUAACACACAAUUAGAAGCGUGGGAGCCACUUGUCGAGCCUUUUGAAGGAAUAUUUAAGUUUGAAACCUAUGAGACAAAUUUAAAUUUGCCAUCAAGAAUAGGCAACAGAAUGCGCCUUGCUGCUACCAGUGUUCUAAAUAUCAAUCUUAGUGCAGCAAAUCUUGAGACAUUUGUGCAAACCAUCACUUCAUGGAGAAAACAGAGAGAACUAGAAGAGAAAUCAGUGAAACGAAUUGAGGAAGCUAGUCUUCAUGAUGGACAUGGUGAUGAUGCAACUUUCUCAGCACUGGAUGAGGAUGAUUUCCAGACUGUGAUAAUAGAAAAUAAACUUGGGCGUGAUGUUUUUAUCAAAAGAGUUGAGCAAGAUUUUGAUACAGUUGAAUUAUUACCUCAUGAUUCUUGUGCCUCAGUAUGGCUUCCGCCUCCAAGGUAUUCCGACAGAUUAAAUGUUGCAGAUGAGUCAAGGGAACCACGUCGUUAUGUUGCUGUGCAGAUUGUAGAAGCAAAGGGUUUGCCUGUUGUUGAUGAUGGAAACAGCCACAAUUUCUUCUGUGCUUUGCGUCUGGUUGUAGAGAAUCAGGAAUUAAGUCAGCAAAAGCUUUUUCCCCAGAGUGCAAGAACAAAAUGUGUGAAGCCAUCAAUUGUUAAAUCGAAGGAUGUGGUUGAAGGCACUGCUAAAUGGAAUGAGCUCUUUAUUUUUGAAGUUCCUCGGAAGGGGUUGGCUAAGUUGGAAAUGGAGGUGACGAACCUUGCAGCAAAGGCUGGAAAAGGUGAGGUUGUAGGUGCAUCUUCAUUUUCGGUAGGACACGGUGCAAGUACUCUGAAGAAGGUUGCUUCAGUCAAAAUGUUGCAUCAAGCUUAUGAUUUUCAGAACACUGUAUCCUAUCCACUUAAGAAAAGGGGCCAAGACACUGAUGAUUACCAAGGAUCCGUUCUUGUUUCUGCUUCUUAUUAUGAAGGGAAAAUAGUUUCAAACUUCGAAAGUGAUCGGGGAGGAGGCAGCGAUAUUGCUAGAGAUAUAGGUUUCUCUGUGGGACUUGCUCCAGAAGGUUCCUGGGAGAGUUUUCGGUCUUCUCUUCCUCUCUCAGUAAUUACUAGAACUUUGAAGGAUGAUCUCAUGGCUGUAGAAGUACUCAUGAAAAAUGGAAAAAAACAUGCUGUUUUGAGGAGUCUUGCAACAGUUAUAAAUGAUUCGGAUAUAAAGUUGGACAUCUCAAUAUGCCAUUAUUCUAUGGGUCAAACUCGUGAUCCAAACCUUCAGAGAAGCAAUGCUAAUGUUUUUGUGGAAGAAGUGUUCCAAAAUCAAUGGUAUCAUCCAUCUGGUUGGGGAAAUCACAGGCCUAGUUUGGGAGACGAUGGCCCCAGGCGUUGGAGUAGUAGAGAUUUCUCAUAUUCAUCUGAUGAUUUCUUUGAACCUCGCAUUCCGCCUGGAUGGACAUGGGCAUCAACAUGGACUGUUGACAAGUCUUAUUGUGUUGAUGAUGAUGGCUGGGCAUAUGGGCCUGACCAUCACAAUUGCAGAUGGCCACCAAAUUCAGCUACAAAAUCCAAUCUUCAUAAAUUCCGCCGAAGGCGUUGGACCCGUACAAGGAAGCAAGUUAAUGAUCAGGUUGCUGCUAUUACUGAUGUUUUUAAUGCAACUAGUCCUGGUUCUGCUACUAUUUUACCUUGGAGAAGCAUGUCCAGAGAUUCUAAUUGCUGUUUGCAAGUUCGUCCAUGGAUUGAUGAUUCUCAAACUCUAUAUGCAUGGGGACAUUCAGUGGUUCAAGGUUCCGCCUCUGUCUGGGGAAAGGAUCAAUCAUUUGCUGAUCAAGGUGUACCUGCUCGACAGAAUACUAUGAAGGAGGCAAAAAUAUCUACUUCUCCAUUGAGGUUAGAUCAGCUUGAGAAGAAAGAUGUACUAUUCUGCUGUCCUGGCACUGGUGGUAAAAAUUUUUGGCUGAGUAUUGGUACUGAUGCAUCAGUUCUACAUACGGAGCUCAACACCCCCGUCUAUGAUUGGACAAUGUCAGUUAGUUCUCCUUUGAAAUUGGAAAAUAGACUUCCUUGUGGAGCUGAAUACAUUAUUUGGGAGAAAAUAAAAGAUGGUAACAACAUAGAGCGACAGCGCGGCUUUAUAGAAUCCCGUGGAACUGUGCAUAUGUAUCAUGCUGACAUACGAAAUCCAAUAUACCUUAAGUUGUUUCUUCAAGGGGGUUGGAUUGCAGAAAAGGAUGUUCUCAUUUUGGAUCUUGCUAGUAAUAGUCAUGCUGCUUCUUUUUGGAUGGUUCAAAGACAGAGAAAAAGGAGGUUGCGAGUAAGCAUUGAGCGUGACAUUGGGGGGUCAAAUGCUUCCCCAAAGACCAUAAGGCUUUUUGUCCCAUAUUGGAUUAGCAAUGAUACCUCAUUAUCAUUAGCAUAUCAAGUAGUGGAAAUUGAACCACUGGAGAGCGCAGAUGUGGAUUCUCUUGCACUGUCAAAAGCUAAAUCUGCAAAAAUAGCCAUGAAAGCAACUCCUGGUUCAUUGCUUGGGAGACAGAUUAGUUCACGGAAGAAUGUUCAAGUGCUUGAAAUAAUUGAAGACACUAGUCCGGUACCCAGCAUGCUCUCUCCUCAAGACUAUAUUGGCCGUGGUGGUGUAAUGCUGUUUUCGUCACGGAAUGAUAACUAUCUGUCCCCACGUGUGGGGAUCUCUGUUGCUCUUCGUUCAUCUGAAUAUUUUAGUGCAGGGAUAUCUCUUCUUGAUUUGGAGAAAAAGCAACGAGUUGAUUUAAAGGCAUUUGGUUCUGAAGGAUAUUAUUAUAAGCUUUCAGCUUUGCUGAACAUGACGUCAGACAGAACAAAGGUCGUGCAUUUUCAACCACAUACAUUGUUCAUUAACAGAGUUGGGUGCAGUGUUUGCCUGCAGCAAUGUGAUACUCAGUCUACAGAAUGGAUCCAUCCUAGUGAUACUCCUAAAUGUUUUGGUUGGCACUCCACAAAAGUGGAAUUGUUAAAGUUGCGGCUGGAUGGAUAUGAAUGGAGUGCACCAUUUAGUGUUAAUAGUGAGGGGAUGAUGUCUAUUCACUUGAGAAGUGAAACUGGAACAGACCAAAUGCCUCUCAGGGUUGAGGUUAGAAGUGGAAUGAAGGGCUCUCGCUACGAAGCUAUAUUCCGUCCAAAUUUCUUUUCGAGUCCUUACAGGAUUGAGAAUCGGUCUUUGUUUUUGCCAAUACGUUUUCGGCAAGUAGGUGGUUCCAGUGAUUCAUGGAAGUUUCUUCUGCCCAAUUCAUCUACUUGCUUUUCAUGGGAAGAUCUUGAUAGGGAAAGAAUGUUGGAAAUCUUAGUAGAUGGAAGUGACUCUGGCACAUCACAGAAGUACAAUAUCGAUGAGAUAUUUGAUCAUGAGCCUAUCCAUGUUGGUGGAGGAAAUAUAUUCACUUUACGCGUUACUAUUUUGAAAGAAGAGAAAACAAAUGUUGUUAAAAUCAGCGACUGGAUGCCUGAAAAUGAAUCUUCUGCAACUUUCAAUAGCAUUUCCUCUUCUAUGUUACACAUCUCUGGAAAUUAUUUGCAGCCUCGGCAAUCGAUGUCCACCCCAGAAUGUGAAUUUCAUUUCAUUGUUGAGGUUUCAGAGCUUGGUUUGUCUAUAAUUGAUCAUACACCUGAAGAGAUAUUAUAUAUGUCGGUCCAGAAUCUUUUGCUGUCUCAUUCAACUGGACUUGGCUCUGGAAUCAGUAGGCUCAAAAUUAGAAUGCAUGGGAUCCAGGUGGAUAAUCAGUUGCCUUUGACUCCAAUGCCAGUUCUCUUCAGGUCACAGCGAAUAGGAGAGGAGAAUGAUUAUCUCUUAAAAUUUUCCCUCACCCAGCAAUCAAAUGGAUCGUUGGAUUUACAUGUAUAUCCAUAUAUAGGUUUCCAGGGACUUGAAAAUUCUGCUUUUUUGAUCAACAUCCCUGAACCGAUCAUAUGGCGCAUUCAUGGAAUGAUCCAGCAGGCCAAUCUUAGUCAGUUAUCUGAUGCCCAGAGCACUUCUGUUUCAGUUGAUCCUAUCAUCCAGAUUGGUGUUCUAAACUUCUCGGAGAUUCGAUUCAAGGUUACUAUGGCUAUGUCCCCCAGUCAGCGCCCAGUUGGUGUCCUUGGUUUUUGGUCAAGCUUGAUGACUGCACUUGGAAACAUGGAAAAUAUGCCAGUCCGGAUUAAUGAGCGGUUCUUGGAAAAUGUAUGCAUGCGGCAUAGUGUUCUUGUUGCUAAUGCCAUCUCAAACAUUAAAAAGGAUCUUCUCAGCCAGCCUUUUCAGCUACUCUCGGGUGUUGAUAUACUUGGCAAUGCUAGUAGUGCACUUGGACAUAUGAGCAAAGGUGUUGCAGCCUUGUCGAUGGAUAAAAAAUUUAUACAAAGUCGACAAAGACAGGAUGCUAAGGGGGUAGAGGAUUUCGGUGAUGUUAUCCGGGAUGGAGGUGGUGCGCUAGCUAAAGGCCUUUUCCGUGGAGUCACUGGGAUUUUAACAAAGCCUCUUGAAGGCGCAAAAGCUUCAGGUGUUGAGGGCUUUGUUCAGGGUGUUGGGAAAGGAUUAAUAGGUGCUGCUGCACAACCUGUUAGUGGGGUUUUAGAUCUUUUAUCAAAAACUACCGAAGGUGCCAAUGCUGUGAGGAUGAAGAUAGCAUCUGCAAUUGCGUCAGAAGAUCAACUCCUAAGGAGGCGGCUACCUCGGGCAAUUAAUGGUGAUAAUUUGCUUCGACCAUAUGAUGAAUACAAAGCGCAGGGACAGGCAAUGUUGCAGUUAGCAGAAUCUGGAUCAUUUUUCAGCCAAGUUGAUCUGUUCAAAGUACGUGCAAAAUUUGCCUUAACGGAUGCCUAUGAAGACCAUUUCUUACUUCCAAAGGGACGAAUUGUUGUUAUUACUCAUCGAAGGGUGAUUUUGAUGCAACAACCAUUCAACAUUAUUGCUCAAAAGAAGUUCAACCCAGCAAGGGAUCCUUGUUCGGUUUCUUGGGAUGUAGCUUGGAAUGAUCUUGUGACAAUGGAAUUGACUCAUGGGAAAAAAGAUCAUGCAAGUGCUCCACCUUCGCGGCUUGUUGUGUAUUUACAGAGUAGAUCAUUGGAGGCAAAGGAUCAAGUUCGUGUUAUAAAAUGUAAUCAUGACACCAAUCAGGCAAUGGAGGUUUAUACUUCAAUUGAGCAAGCAAGGUCUACAUAUGGACCAAGUCAAUUUCAGGCAUUGCGUGAAAGGAAAGUGACAAAACCAUAUUCUCCAACUGCUGAUAUGGCCUCUGAAGUAAUUUCAAAAGAUGGAGUUUGUGUCUCCUCUCCGCAACAGUUGCCUGCAUCAGUACCAUUAACUUCUACAUUUGGAACUAGCGAACAUUGAAUGAUAAAAAGAAAAUAGUUUAUGUGAUUAGAUGUUGCAAGUUGUUACUGGUCAUCCAUGCAAUCUAGAAGACUGCUCAGUUAUUGCUUUUUUUGCAAGAAGUUGCAUCACUAUGAAGGUGCGUAAGUUCUGGCUUGAGGGCAGAAAAGGUCAAAGAGCCGUAUUGUUGAAAGUACUCCCAAUGAUGGGCUUCCAGAUUCUGGUAUUUGUAUGGUGCAUUUUAUGUGUUUUAUGGGUAUAAAUAUUGUACAUAACAUAGAUGGCAAUACAUGAAGAUAAUUUAGGUUAGAAGCUACAGGACAUGUUCUACCUCCCAUUAUAUAUUCUGGGCAUUGGAUGGCUUUAGCCACCCAUUUUGCAUGCCAUGUAAUCUUAAUGUCUAUACUUAGGCUUUUAGGUCCAUAUAGCAAGGCUUCGCUCCUCAGCAGAUAUAUUGUGUAUGCCUCUUGUUUCAUCGGUAACUCGUGUGGAAACUUUUCCCAGAUAAUCUGGAAGUCUUCUUUGUCCAGGAUCCUGUUCUUGUUUUCCGGCCAGUUAUUGAUGCUCUUUAUUCUGUCAUCUACUACAAGAUGGAGCAGAUUGUAUUUGCAAUUUGAACUAUAAUAUGUAAGACUGGUAGUGUGACUGAGAUGGCAUAUUGGCUGCUACGUUAUGCAAAGCUGGAGUCCAAUCAUUAUUGGAUGUCUGCAAGGAAAUCGUUCGUUUUCUUUCUGAGUAGUUAUGAUGUCAAAAGCGUGAUAGCUGGGACAUAUCUGACAAUGUCAGGCUGACAUGUGUAGUACGGUUAUUGUUAUUGUUUGGGGGUUAAUGGUAAUCAAGCAUUCAAAA